GUGAAGUGGCGUUUCUGUGAUAAAUAUAUUCACUUGACGUGGACUUUACUUAAUUUUCUUCCAUAAGAACCACAAAAAGCCAAAAUGGACCUAGCUACUAUGUUUGACGAUGUUAAACGAAUGAAUAAGAGACAAUUCAUAUACCAAGUACUCAGUUUUGGAAUGAUAGUUUCCUCAGCUCUGAUGAUAUGGAAAGGGUUAAUGGUUGUUACUGGUAGCGAGAGUCCAAUAGUUGUAGUUUUGUCUGGUAGUAUGGAACCUGCAUUUCACAGAGGGGACUUACUUUUUCUAACUAACUAUCCCGAAGAACCAGUCAGAGUUGGAGAAAUAGUUGUGUUCAAAGUAGAAGGAAGAGACAUUCCCAUAGUACAUCGGGUACUUAAACUCCAUGAAAAGAAGAAUGGUACUGUUAAAUUCCUAACGAAAGGUGACAAUAACAGUGUAGAUGAUAGAGGAUUAUAUGCACCAGGCCAGUUAUGGCUAACAAAACAAGACGUUGUAGGAAGGGCGAGGGGAUUUCUUCCUUAUGUAGGGAUGGUUACCAUUUUGAUGAAUGAAUAUCCCAAAUUUAAGUAUGCAGUUUUAGCUGGUCUCGGUUUCUACGUGUUGGUCCAUAGGGAAUGAGAUUCAAAUAAGAUUCUUCAAUUACAUGACCUUUUCUAUUUUUUGUUACUUAUUUAAAAUAAACUUCACUGGUAAUAUAAA